CUCCUUCCUACCUCCCUCCCUCCCUCCCUCCUUCCCUCCUUCCCUCUCUCUCUCUCUCUCUCUCUCUCUCUCUCUCUAUCUAAAAAACCAAGAAGAAGGCAUGGCAGAUAUGCUUACUCAAGAACAGAUAGUUGAGUUCAAGGAAGCUUUCACUCUAUUUGACAAAGAUGGCGAUGGUUGCAUUACUCUUGAAGAACUAGCGACGGUCAUACGGUCGUUGGAUCAGAACCCCACAGAGAAAGAGCUUCAGGACAUGAUCAACGAAGUAGAUGCCGAUGGGAACGGCACGAUCGAAUUCGCUGAGUUCUUGAACUUGAUGGCCAACAAAAUGAAGGAAACGGAUGCAGAGGAGGAACUGAAAGAGGCUUUCAAAGUGUUCGACAAGGACCAGAAUGGAUACAUAUCCGCUAGCGAGCUUCGGCAUGUAAUGAUAAAUCUGGGGGAGAAGCUGACGGACGAGGAGGUGGAGCAGAUGAUAAGAGAGGCCGACCUGGACGGCGAUGGGCAGGUCAACUACGAUGAAUUCGUCAAGAUGAUGAUGACCAUUGGAUGAUGAAAAGAAGAAAAAGAAAAGGAGUUUCUUUCGGGUCAACGUGGUUGAACCAGAGAAGAUCGGAAAGCCUCGAUCCCUAUUCAUAUUCAUUCGUUGAUUAUUCCUUCGUCCUGUCGCAAUCCCUCCCCCCAAAAAGGACCUUGUUCUUCUGUAUCUUUAUUUAGCUAAAUUCAUCUUUUGAACUUGCAGCUUCUUCUCUUUUUCCCUCUUUUUUUCUCAGGCAUUGAGUUGUUGACUUUUCCUUGCCCUCAAAUUGGACCCCAGUUCACGUUCUUA